UAUAUAAUAAAUGUAAACUGUUCAGGGUGGAUGUAUUGAUGAUAUUGGCCAGAUAAUAGUGCCUUCUUCUUAGCCUGCGAUUGGUAGUAUGGCAUCAGAUAAACAUUUUCUAUAUCACCUUAUUAUAAGUCAGUUGUAUCACGACGGGUUUGGGCCACAUGCUAGUUUAUUGGAACAGGCAGCACUGAACACCAAUCGUGCUGUGGGACCAUCUGACAGGCUUAAGCAGAUGUUAUCAUUGUGCGCACACACAGUUAGAGAGGUUGACAACUACUUCGACGACAAAUUCUCCACUCAGCCAUUUCAAGAGGAUGUUGUCAAAUCUACAAGCUACGUUCCAGCUGAAAGAAUGGUCAGAAGUAACACACCUUCCCACUUCCACACAUUUGCCAGGAGGCGCCUCACGGCCGCUAAGAGGCAUUCUUUCAUGAGCAUGAACAGAGCCAAACAGCUGAAAUCGAGCCCUAAAACCCUAUUCUCCAAUACCUGCCCAAAGACCAGCCAUGUUCCCAUAAUCUACUCCUCUGCAUCGGAGAGUCCGGUAGUUCAUGACACACAAAAUAGCCUGCAAGGGUUGUUCAAUUCUGCUAACCAGGGUUCCGGCGGCAUGUUUGUCAACGACGUGGAGAAAGCUAAAUCAGCUGAAGCUGUCAGAGUCCUUCAGAACAUAUUCCAGCAGAAGCGUGACAUGUUACCAACUGUAACCAGCGUGGAAACUGUUCAAUCCGAGAUCAGCCAGGACCUGAACACUCUAAUAAACGCAACAACCAGUGCGCUCAGUCAAAGUUCCACCUCUCCCACAACAUCUCAACAUUCCCUGACAGGAUCUCCCAAACAAAACAGCCCCCACACUCCAGAUCACAUGGACCUGACCACCUCCCCAGUUUCCGGAUCAAACAGAUCCGCUUUUUCACCGCCGACCCGCACUUCCAAUGCUAACUCGGUUGUGGAGAGUAUGGUGACGGACACGGAGCCUCCAGAAAUGAUGGAGAAAAGUGGGAAUGUGCCGAGUGAGGAUCAAAGAUUGAGCCCUGAUGUUGUGAGUUCUACAGCCAGCCAAUUUCUCCAGGAACCAGUGGUCGAGAAACAUCCGACUAGCCCUGAAGUGCUGAACCUGAAAGAAGAAGCAGAGGAUGCUGACUGUAUAGAUGGAGUGGAUGCAGGGAAGAUUUACCCCCCUGCUUCACAAGACAUCAUUGAUCAGCUGAACUCCCUGUCAGCCUCCGGUAUAGGCAACAUACAGAACCUGGCAAACUCGCUUACCAGCAGUUUUUGUGAUACAACGCUUAGUGAGGGUAAUCUAGCAAGCCUCUCAACCCUUUCAAUGGAAUCCCUGGCCUCUUCCCUCAACCUAUCUGUAGCUAACGUGACGGGUCUGGAUGGACAGAACGUGCCGACGUCCCGCGCUGGUGGUGGUUACACUGGAUCUGGUAACAAACUGGACUUUCUCAGCCGACUAGAGGGAGACAGUCCCAGCAUGCUGAGUAUGAUGAGCUCCCAGAACAGAGCCUCCAGUUCUAGCACCACCCCACCAACACCAGCUGGCCGAGCAGGUCCCUCCUCCAUUAAAGCGUUCCAGUGCGAGGAAUGUCCCCGUUCCUACAGCAGCAAAUACGCGCUGGUCCGUCACGCCCGCCAGCACACCAACUCCCACCUCCGCGCGUGUCCGUUCUGUGGCCGGACCAGCACCAGAGCCGACAUCAUCCGGGUUCACAUGACCAACUGUGUGAAAAAGUAUAUCAGGAGUAUAGAGGAGACAGCACUCCAGAUGCAAGGAGCUGAGAGUCUGGCAGUGGGCCAGGAUCCCGACAGCUAUCUCCUAGCUAUCACCCGUCUGGCGGCCGAGAAGGAGGCCUCCAAAGAGUCCGGUCCUGCCCCCACCACUCAGGCCGGCUCUGGUGAUAUGUAAUAGUCACCAUGGUGAUACUGAUAUGUAAUAGUCACCCAGACAACCCCCUUUUUGUUAGGUUAGCAACGUUACAUAGAUUGUGACAUCGGGAAACAAUUGUUAAAUUCGAACUUUAGAGUUUAGGUUAAAACUGUAUUUCAAUUAAUUCAACUCAAUUUAUCUUGUAAAUGAACUAAGAAUACGAUACUUGCGAAAAUUUUUAAGAUUUUUAUGGUUUUAAUAUUGUUUUAACAAACUCAGUCAAUGACUGAUAUGGCUGUAUAUAUUUGCGAGAUCUAGAAAAUUGGCCAGGGUUUUUUUUCAUUUUUGGGGAGCUUCGUGGCAAGAACGGCAUGUGGCUUGAUAUUCAUAUCUAGACCCAUGAAAAGUCCAUUAAAAUCCAUUAAAAUCUAAUAGCCUUUAAUCUUUAUUACUUAACUAAAACUAAAUUGGUUUCGUUCUUGUCGCGAGGAGAAGUUAUUUCAGGCAGAAACCUCAUUCCUAGUUACCUAAUAUUUCUAGGCUGCCUGGUUGCCUUAUAUUUCCUGGCCGAUAAGAAGCUUUAGUUAAAAUUCUAAAAUUUUAUUUACUAUUUCGUAUGGCGCUAGACUUAAGAUUUAUGGUUACUAUAAUUAGGAUUUGCUGUAAAUUACUUUGUAAAUAUUCUCGUUUAUGAAUUUGAAUUAUAUCUGUUCGAAAACCUUAUGAUUUAGGUGUUUUAAGGAUUUUUAAAACGAAUAAGGAUUUAGAACUGUUGAUAAACUUUUAUUCUUGAUAUUCUGUUUCUUAAAAAUCAAUACCACUUAAAGUAAAUGAACGGUAUUGAAAUUUUGAAUGCGACCUAUGAAAAUUGAUUUUAAUAGUUCAAUUUCAUUCAUCAAAACUAAAUGUUGUGAGAGUUUGAAGAGUGGGAUAUUAUAGAGUGGGAUAUUACUCUCAGGUUUGGAUUUGCUGAAAGACUGUGGUUGGUAUUCGUAUGUGAACGGGCUGUUCGGUUAAUAUUCGCUGACUUUUAACCAGACUUAAGUAUAAGUACAAUUUUGCAAGAUAAACAUUUCUUUACUCGAUGUAUAAACUUCUGACUAAUCGCUGGGCUUUAAGAAGGUUUAACUAACAUGAUUCAUCGCAAAUCACAAAAGUAUUAGAUAUGAUCAUUCCAGACCCUCAUUUCUUCAUUGACAUUGGUGUUCCGUGUCAUUUCACCUUUACCCCCAAAAUACCCCUCAUUUCACCCUAAUCCCCCUAAUUGUACCCCACAUUUCCCCUUGCCCCUAACAUCCUGAGUUCUGACUUGUGGGUCUUGCAGGUAAUCCUCCUGCCAGGCUACCGGAGCCAGAGCCGGACGGUAUGAACUACCGGUGUCCCCACUGCCCUAAAACCUUCCUGAAAAGGACGUGGUAUCGUCACGUGGCUACACAUGACCCCACCAAGACCCUGAGAUGCCCGCUGUGUGCCAAGUACACCACCACUAGGACUGACAAGAUGAAAACACAUUUGAAUAGAUGCUCGAGGGAGCUGGGCGUGAGGUUGCCAACUUAAGAGUUAGACUUAAGGGGCCGUUCACAGAUGUGAUCAGUUUUCAGCCAUUUUGAGACCCCUUCCAAAAUCAGUGCAACUAUUUUCAAACGUCCCCAUACCCCUUAAUGUAAUAGGUUAACGGCCCCUUAAGAUAAAUUUCCUGUGUUCGACGCGUUUUGUGUGUCCAAUUUUCGUUCGUUUCACUCACGCUUGGCAAAGGAACAAAUAAUGUGUGUCUCAAUCUCAUGUGUCCUUAUUUAGCUUGCAUCACUCACAUUUAUAAACAUUAAAAACACCAAUCUAACAUUUAUAAACAUCUGCCUAGCAUUUAUAAACACC